UCUGGAAAACUAGUCAUUAGCUAAGUCCGGGUGCAGCCUGCUUCUCAUUGGUCAAUCCCUGGAUGAGGUCAGGCUGACAGCUGUCGGCUGCAGGCCCUGUAAGUAGUCCCACAGAGAUGAGGAUAUCACUACACCUGUUGAAUUUGGAAAGAGGUGACAUUAAGCGUAUCUCGUGAAGUAUAAUCAUUUCGGCUCUAGCGCGUCUCGGAGCAGAGUAACUCAGUACACACUUCACGUUACCGCACAAAUCACCGCGUUCAUAGUUUGAGCAUCUUGAACAGACAUCCGGCCCGCAAAAUGAAGGCAGUAUUGUUGCUGCUUGUUCUCUGCAUUUGUGCGAACUCGGCUCAGGCCGAUAUCGGAGAUGUCUUUUUGUCGUUCGCCAAGUUGAUAUUCCCUGGUUUAGGCAAAGGCCGGGGUCAUGGCAGGGGUCGAGGUCACUGGGGAGACAAUGAUGAUUACGACCAACCAGAGCCACCCAAGACAAAUAUGUACGUCUCUGUAAUGGAGAGCUACGGCGACCGAGUCUACCGUCUGACGUCACAGCCGGUACAGCCCAGCAGCUGGCGCCAAAUCACGCGUGGAAAUGCGAUAAACGGCGAUGUGUCUUACUUCAAGGGAUAUAUGUCUUCAUACAGGGGCUUUGAUUCCCGCAUUCAAAUAAACGGCGCCUCCAUGUAUGUGUCACGAAGUAGAGAGCCCGGCACAGUCCGCUAUGAGCUGACAGAGUGUUAUGUUAACGGUCAGAAGUCCAGCCGCGUCUCCACCAGAGGAGGAUGUGGCGGUAACGGAAGGGUCGCGAAUAACUACGAGUUCUAUGCUUUUCCUGGCAAACUGGCCUGUGAGAUCCCGGCAUUGAACGCCCACACGUCCGACCGGCGAAGCAUCACUGACGGCUUGACUGUGGCCAUAUCGUACUCGUGUACCGUGGGUUACCGCAGUGUGGGCGGAGAUGGCUACAUCCAGUGUGGGGACGACGGGCGAUGGAUGGGGACACCUUUACAAUGUGAACCAAUCCAGUGUGGUCGGCCUAAAGGAAUACUCAAUGGACAGGUGCGAGGGGACAGCUUCACCUACAGAUCUACUGUGUCCUACGAGUGUAACCAGGGUUACCAGCUCUCUGCCUCCUCCUCAAGGGUGAAGCAGUGCAACCAAUAUGGCGAAUGGAUCCCAAGCAAAGAUCCCGAGUGUGUUCCUAAGAGCUGUAAUUUCCCCGGCGACAUUCAGAACGGUCACGUGAUUGGAACAGACUAUACUUUCGGUAACGUAGUGAGCUUCUCUUGUGACCCAGAUUACAAGCUGGUGGGGGCUCCACAGGUCAGAUGUACCGCCAGUGGCAGGUGGGAUGACCGCACUCCGACCUGUGAAUUGAUUACCUGUGAUCGUCAAGCUCCUCCUCAGAAUGGCCGCCUGGUUGGGUCACAGUUCAAGGUCGGGACAGAGAUCGUGUUUGAAUGCCGGGAAGGGUACAUUCUGGUAGGACCUGCCAGAAUCUCGUGUGACCUUGACCCCGUGACCAAUGCUGGUGUAAGAAGUAGCCCCAGUAAUCCCACAUGUCAAAAGGUCUCGUGUCCUCCCCCCGUGGACCCAGAGAACGGCAACGUGCGCGUCCUGACUGAUGUCACCUACGGCCAAGAGAUCGACUUCGAGUGUCGCCGAGGUUUUUACCUGCAGGGGUCGCCACGUGCCACGUGUCAGGCUGACGGUCAGUGGGACUCCCCACCGCCCACCUGUGUCGCUAUGCAGUGCAGAGAUCCUGGAAACGUUGCCAAUGCGAACAAGACUGGAAGUGCCCCCUUUAUCUACGGCUCCACCGUAAGCUUCACCUGUGAGACCGGCUCACAGUUAGUUGGACAAAGCGUCCUACUCUGUCAAGAUGACGGGACCUGGAGCAGUCAACUUCCUACAUGUGAAGUUAUCCAAUGCCCGGUGGUCAAGCCUCCUCUUAAUGGCGCUAAGAACGUGGACAGCUCCACCCACCCCGUCACCAUGACGUUUUCUUGUUUCCCUGGUUACGAGCUUGAUGGACAGAGAACCGCCCAGUGUCAGCCUAAUGGACAGUGGAGCAUGACCCAGGCUCCGGCAUGUAAAGUUUGUCCUAUUGGUACCUACAAGGAAGGGAUGACAGGUGGUCAGUGUCAGCCAUGUCCAGCACGCUCCAGCACGUCGGCAGAGGGCAGCACCAGCCGGCAGUACUGUCUUUGUCAAGACGGGUCUAAAGCCACUGACACUGGCGAAUGUGAAGAGAUAACCUGUGACCCGCUGGAGGCUCCUGUCAAUGGUUCCAUCUUGCCGUGUGGCAGUGUCAGCGACUCCCAGUGCCAGUUAACGUGUGAUCCGGGCUUCAUUCUUCAGGGGAGUAGAACCAGAAGGUGUACCGCCACGGGAUGGACCGGGAACCCGACCACCUGCACAGCCUGUCCACCAAACACAUACAAGAGUGACAUCUUUUCGUCGUCAUGUCUGCCCUGCCCACAGAAUUCUGAAACUACGGGCCUAGGGACGUCGCUGCAGUCGUGCACGUGCAAGACGGGCUAUCAAGGUUUACCAGGAACACAUUGUCAAGAUGUGGAUGAAUGUGCAACCAAUAAUGGCGGUUGUAAUCAAGAGUGCCACAACUCGAAAGGCAGCUACUCCUGCGCAUGCUCCAUCCCUGGAUAUGAGUUGGAUGCAGACGGCAAGACAUGUGUCCUGAACAAAACUUGCGGCGACAUUGACGAGAAGCCAGAUAACGGAUUCUUAGAGUGCAAACGUAAUGACGAAUACAACGGAGCAGUGUGUAUCAUUAAAUGUGACCCGGGAUUCUUCUUUGUCUCCGGCAUAAACAAUUACAUCACGUGUGGGGCGGGGACAGAUUUCGUCUGGUCACACCAGCUGGUGAACGCGUCGGCCAGGAUUCCUGCAUGUACCAGGGAGUUCUUUGUUGACAUUCAGUUACCGAUAACUUUUUCUUAUGAGACGAGGAAAUCCUGCAAUGCUCUUCCUAUCGCCACGUCUGAGUUCACUGCCACCAUCCAAGAAGCAAUAAACAAGUUCAAUGUCUGCCGUGGUCUUUGUGAGGUGCAAAAUUUACGUACUGACUGUCAGGACGGGAGUCAGCCAGACACAUCCGAGGUCCGAGUGUCUCUCAGCGUUCUGCUGAGAAACCCAGAAGAAAACGCCGUGUCUCCUGGAUGCGACUCCACGUGCAAGAGGAAGAACCUCAGAGAAAUCUUGGGCGAUUCCUUUGCGCUUAAAAACAGUAUACAAAAGCUGGUAGAAGGUGACUCGCCUCAGCUCCAACCUGCAGCCCUCUCUGAGUUUGACCUUGACACAACGUCCUUCACCUUUUCCAGACCACAGAUGCUAUGUGAGAAAGGACGUGUCUUUACCAAAAACAGGUUAUGUGUGCCGUGUGACAAGGGUUACUUCCUCCCGCAACGUGACCUAGAAAACUGUCUUCCGUGCCCACUGGGGACAUUCCAAGACAAACAGGGUCAAACGAGCUGCACGCCCUGUCAUCCCAGUGCCACCACGUCGAUAGAGGGCGCUUACCACGCUGUGAUGUGUAACGUGGUGGUUACAGAUAUCCCUGGGAAGGAGGGACCCACAGACACUUUGCUGCCAAAUAGUGCGGUUUAGUGUGAUAGAUGGCGCUAGUGCUGUAUGAAUUUUGCACAUCUUACCUAUCAGUUAUUGGUAAGAGUUUAGUACUGAGAACCUGUGUCAUUGCCUUGACUCUUUUGUCAUUAAACAAGAAGCAGUGUGUAGUAGGGAUACUUGAAGACAUUUUCAUAAUAAUUGUAAAGGAAGACUAGUGGAGUUUUUUUUAACAUUCCAAGUUUUCAGUGGAACAAACAUGUAUAUUCCAAGCAGACGACAAAUAAAGAAUAUAACUGAAGUGUUCAUUUAA